AUCCGGCAACUUUGGUCGCGCAUGCGCGCCCGCGGCGCUCCAUCCCAAACACACACACAUUUUUCCCCGGACUUGGAAAGUCACCCAAAGCCGCCCCAAGUGCAGGCACACAGACCUUGCUGACAGAAGGCGGACCCUCUCAACCCCACCUGCCCUCCGACUGCCUCAGCCACCCACUCCUCCUUCCCUGGGGGACCCCAAAGCUGCCCAGCGUGCAUUGGAAUGACUUCGGACCCUGGCCUCUUGGAACGCAAAGGAUGAAGUGACGCCCCAAUUGUGUCUGAGGAAUCUCUAGGACCCGCUGAGAGUUUGGGACCAAGGAGCGGAGAAUGGAUCUUGGAACAGCUGAAGGCACCCGGUGCACUGACCCACCAGCAGGCAAGCCUCCCAUGGCAGCCAAGCGCAAAGGCGGCCUGAAGCUCAACGCCAUCUGUGCCAAGCUGAGCCGACAGGUGGUCGUGGAGAAGGGAGCAGAGGCUGGCCCCCAAGCUGAAGGUAGCCCACUACGUCCCCGGGACAAAGAGCACAGUGGCCCCGAGUCUGGGGUGACCCGGGCUCCCCGAAGUGAAGAAGACAAGAGGCGGGCAGUGAUCGAGAAAUGGGUCAAUGGGGAAUACAGUGAGGAGCCUGCACCCACACCACUGUUGGGGCGCAUUGCCCGUGAGGGCCUGGAGCUACCCCCGGAGGGCGUCUACAUGGUCCAGCCACAGGGCUGCAGCGAUGAGGAAGACCAUGCAGAAGAGCCCUCAAAGGAGAGCAGUGCCCUGGAGGAGAAGGACUCAGAUGGUACGGCUUCCAAGGGUGACGGCGGCCCCAGUGCCAAGCAGGCUUCAGGAGAAGCCUCCUCUUUGAGGGACUACGCUGCUUCCACCAUGACUGAAUUCCUCGGCAUGUUUGGCUACGAUGACCAGAACACCAGGGAUGAGCUGGCCAGGAAGAUCAGUUUUGAGAAGCUGCAUGCAGGCUCGACCCCUGAGGCAGCCGCCGCUUCCAUGUUACCCACCUCUGAGGAUACCCUCAGCAAGCGGGCACGUUUCUCCAAAUAUGAGGAAUACAUCCGCAAACUCAAGGCCGGCGAGCAACUGCCCUGGCCAGCCCAUGGCAGCAAGGCUGAGGACCGGGCAGGCAAGGAGCUGGUGGGCUCCUUGCCCAGCCUACGGCUACCCAGCCACACCGCCCACCUGGAAACCAAGGCCACCAUCUUGCCAUUGCCGUCCCACGGCAGUGUCCAGAUGCAGAACCUGGUAGCCCGUGCCUCCAAGUAUGACUUCUUCAUCCACAAACUGAAGACGGGCGAGAACCUGAGGCCCCAGAACGGAAGCACUUACAAGAAGCCAUCCAAGUACGACCUGGAGAACGUCAAAUACCUGCACCUCUUCAAACCCGGGGAGGGAAGCCCUGACAUGGGCGGGGCCAUCGCCUUCAAGACAGGCAAGGUGGGGCGCCCUUCCAAGUAUGAUGUGCGGGGCAUCCAGAAGCCAGGCCCUACCAAGGUUCCGCCUGCCCCCAGCCUGGUUCCUACACCCAUCGCCAGUGUGCCCAGUGGUCCCAGUGCCCCUGGACCUGGACCUGAGCCGCCCGCCUCCCUGUCCUUCAACACUCCCGAGUACCUGAAGUCAACCUUUUCCAAAACGGACUCCAUCACCACGGGAACUGUCUCCACUGUCAAGAACGGAUUGCCCACAGAUAAACCAGCUGUCACCGAAGAUGUAAACAUUUACCAGAAAUAUAUUGCCAGGUUCUCAGGAAGUCAACACUGUGGCCACAUCCAUUGCGCCUACCAGUACCGAGAGCACUAUCACUGCCUGGACCCAGAAUGCAAUUACCAGAGGUUCACAAGUAAGCAGGACGUGAUCCGGCAUUACAACAUGCACAAGAAGCGCGACAACUCCCUGCAGCACGGCUUCAUGCGCUUCAGCCCGCUGGACGACUGCAGCGCCUACUACCACGGCUGCCACCUCAACGGGAAGAGCACCCACUACCACUGCAUGCAGGUGGGGUGUAACAAGGUAUACACAAGCACCUCGGACGUGAUGACCCACGAGAACUUCCACAAGAAGAACACCCAGCUCAUCAACGACGGCUUCCAGCGCUUCCGAGCCACGGAGGACUGCGGCACAGCCGACUGCCAGUUCUAUGGACAGAAGACCACGCACUUCCACUGCAGGCGCCCAGGCUGCACGUUCACCUUCAAGAACAAAUGUGACAUCGAGAAGCACAAGAGCUACCACAUCAAGGACGACGCCUACGCCAAGGACGGCUUCAAGAAGUUCUACAAGUACGAGGAGUGCAAGUACGAGGGCUGUGUGUACAGCAAGGCCACCAACCACUUCCACUGCAUCCGCGCCGGCUGCGGCUUCACCUUCACCUCCACCAGCCAGAUGACCUCGCACAAGCGCAAGCACGAGCGCCGGCACAUCCGCUCCUCGGGCGCCCUGGGGCUGCCGGCCUCGCUGCUGGGCACCAAGGACACGGAACAUGAGGAGUCCAGCAACGACGACCUUGUGGACUUCUCUGCCCUGAGCAGCAAGAACUCCAGCCUCAGCGCCUCCCCCACCAGCCAGCAGUCUUCUGCGUCCCUGGCCGCCGCAGCCUCUGCCGCCACCACCGAGGCUGUGCCCGGCGCCUCCAAGCCUCCCAAUAGCAAGAUGGCAGGCCUGCUGCCCCAGGGCCUGUCUGGGUCCCUUCCCCUAGCGUUGGCCCUCUCCAACUCAGGCCUGCCCACCACCGCACCCUACUUUCCUCUCCUUCCUGGCCGUGGGAGCACCUCACUGCCUGUGGGAUCUCCGGGGCUCCUGGGCUCCAUGUCCUCUGGAGCCGCAGCCACAUCAACCCCUGACAUGCCGGCUCUGGUGGCUUCCGGAGCUGGAGACGCAGCCCCCACAGCUGCUACCUCUCUCUCAGUGCCCCCUGCCUCCAUCAUGGAGAGGAUCUCUGCGAGCAAAGGCCUCAUCUCACCCAUGAUGGCUAGACUGGCUGCGGCCGCCCUCAAGCCCUCUGCCACCUUUGACCCAGGAAGUGGGCAGCAGCCCACCCCCACCAAGUUCCCCCAGGCCCAGGCGAAGCAGGAGCCUGACAGUGCUGGCACCCCAGGCCCCCACGAGGCCUCCCAAGACCGCAGUCUAGACCUGACUGUGAAGGAGCCCAGUAAUGAAUCAAAUGGCCACGCAGUCCCGGCAAAUUCAUCUCUUUUAUCCUCGCUUAUGAAUAAGAUGUCUCAGGGCAACCCCAGCCUCGGAAACCUGCUGAACGUCAAGACGGAAGCGGAGGGGAGCCCCGCCGGGGAGUCCUCGCCUUUCCUGGGCAAGGCUGUGAAGACGCUAGUCCAAGAGAAGCUGUCAGAGCCCUGGAAGGUCUAUCUCCGCAGGUUUGGUACCAAGGACUUCUGUGACGCCCAGUGUGACUUCCUCCACAAGGCCCAUUUCCACUGUGUGGUGGAGGAGUGUGGCGCGCUUUUCAGCACCCUGGACGGGGCCAUCAAGCAUGCAAACUUCCACUUCCGGACGGAGGGAGGAGCAGCAAAGGGAACCACGGAGGCUUCCUUCCCAGCCUCUGCUGCCGAGACCAAACCUCCCUUGGCACCCUCGUCCCCACCGGCACCUCCUGGCACCAUGGUCCCUGGGCCUUCUUUGGAGGGACCCACUCCCAACCCAGUCUCCGUGCCCUCCACUCCCACCCUGCUCGCCUGGAAGCAGCUGGCUUCCACCAUACCCCAGAUGCCUCAGAUUCCCUCGUCAGUGCCUCACCUGCCCACUUCGCCCCUGGCGACGACAUCUCUAGAGAGCGCCAAGCCUCAGGUCAAACCCGGGUUCCUCCAGUUCCAGGACAACGAUCCAUGCCUGGCCACGGACUGCAAAUAUGCCAGCAAGUUCCACUUCCAUUGUCUCUUCGGGAACUGCAAGUACGUCUGCAAGACCUCGGGCAAGGCUGAGUCCCACUGCUUGGACCACAUCAACCCCAGUAACAGCCUGGUGAAUGUGCGAGACCAGUUUGCCUACUACUCUCUGCAGUGUCUCUGUCCCAACCAGCACUGUGAGUUCCGGAUGCGCGGGCACUACCACUGCCUGCGGACGGGCUGCUACUUUGUCACCAACAUCACCACCAAGCUUCCGUGGCACAUAAAGAAGCAUGAGAAAGCCGAACGGCGGGCCGCCAACGGGUUCAAAUACUUCACGAAGCGCGAGGAGUGUGGAAGGCUAGGCUGCAAGUACAACCAGGUCAACAGCCACUUCCACUGCAUCCGGGAAGGCUGCCAGUUCUCCUUCCUCCUCAAGCACCAGAUGACCUCGCAUGCCCGGAAGCACAUGCGGAGGAUGCUGGGCAAGAACUUCGACCGCGUGCCCCCGUCCCAGGGUCCGCCAAGCCUGAUGGAUGCCGAGACGGACGAGGGCGUGGAUUACACUGGCUGCAGCCCUGGUGCCGCGUCCUCCGAGUCCUCCACCAUGGACCGCAGCUGCUCCAGCACCCCCGUGGGCAAUGAGAGCACCGCAGCAGGGAACACCAUCUCCAUGCCGACGGCCUCAGGGGCUAAAAAGCGCUUCUGGAUCAUCGAGGACAUGUCUCCCUUUGGCAAGCGGAGGAAGACGGCCUCCUCUCGGAAGAUGCUGGACGAGGGCAUGAUGCUGGAGGGCUUCCGGCGCUUCGACCUCUACGAGGACUGCAAGGACGCGGCCUGCCAGUUCUCGCUCAAGGUCACCCACUACCACUGCACGCGGGAGAACUGCGGCUACAAGUUCUGUGGGCGCACGCACAUGUACAAGCACGCGCAGCACCACGACCGCGUGGACAACCUGGUGCUGGACGACUUCAAGCGCUUCAAGGCCUCGCUCAGCUGCCACUUCGCCGACUGCCCGUUCUCGGGCACCAGCACGCACUUCCACUGCCUGCGCUGCCGCUUCCGCUGCACCGACAGCACCAAGGUCACGGCGCACCGCAAGCACCACGGCAAGCAGGACGUGAUCAGCGCCGCCGGCUUCUGCCAGUUCAGCUCCAGCGCCGACUGCGCCGUGCCCGACUGCAAGUACAAGCUCAAGUGCUCGCACUUCCACUGCACCUACCCGGGCUGCCGCCACACGGUGGUGGGCAUGUCGCAGAUGGACUCGCACAAGCGCAAGCACGACAAGCAGGAGCGCGGGGAGCCCCCCGCCGCCUCGCCGGGCGCUCCCGUCGGCCUGGACGGCUCGCUCUCGCUGGCGGCCGAGCAGGGCUCGCUGCUCUUCCUGCAGACGGCGGCCGCGGGGCUGGGCCUGCUGGGGGACGCGGCGGACCCCGGCCCGCCCGCCGCCGCGCUCGGGCCCCGAGACGGGCCUGCGGCGCCCGCCCCCGCCCCCGCCCCCGCCGCCGCCGCCGCCGGGGAGUCCUCCCAGGAGGACGACGAGGAGGAGCUGGAGCUGCCGGAGGAGGAGGCCGAGGAGGACGACGAGGAGGACGACGACGACGAAGAGGACGACGACGAGGAGGAGGAGGAGGACGACGAUGACGACCUGCGCACCGACUCGGAGGAGUCGCUGCCCGAGGCUGCGGGCGAGGCGGGCCCGCGGACCGCGCUGGCGGCCCUGGCUGGGCCCGGCCCCGCGCCCGCCGCCGCGUCGCCCUAGCCGCGCCGGCCCCCCGAGGAGCGCUCUGGAGGCGACCCCUGUGCACAGCCCCCGCCGCGCCGCCCCGGGGAGGGAGGCGCCCUGCCCCGCCGGUGCUUCCGGACCCCCGGUCCGUCUCAGGGCAGAGGCGGGGACCCCCUGGUGCUCCGGGCGCGCCCUCCCGGCCCGCCCCGCGGGUGUUCAGGGAACAGCAGGUGCUGUGUCCGGGCGGCCUCGCUGACCUGCGUUCCUCCCGGCCCCACCCCCGCCCGGGGGCUCCCGCGGGGUCACCGGGUUGGGGGCAGCAGGCGCCGGUAGCAUCUGGCUUUC